AAACUUUAGAUUAAAGCAUGUCAAACGAUUAGAGGAAAAGGUAGCUGCAUAACUUUCAGAAUUAUCCAUAUUUCACCACAACACAAGUUAAAUACAGUCAAAUUGAUUUAGCUUGAUUUAGAGAAAUUUGGUUUGACUUGUUAUGACUUAGUGACAAAACGCGCUGCUCAUAGCUUAUAGGCUAUGUCUGUAUCCACUUUUAUCCUCUGAAAAAACAGUUUUUUUGGUUGUCAGCUUGUAAAAACAUAGUCAUGAGUAAUUUACCCUGUUUUUUGUUGUUGUUGCUAGCAGACGGAAUUAGCAAGGAGGCUUCUUCAUUCAGUACAAAGUCAAUGGAGAGCGAUGGAUUGUUUCCUGUCCGGUGGGGGCGGGGCUGAAAUGUAGCGCAAAUUACUAUCAACCAACACCUGCUGUAGGAUUUAUACAGUAGAGUGAACAUGGAUUCUUAAAAAAGUCCCCUAAAGACGGAAAAAUGGAUUACUGCAGGAAAACAAACAAGGAAACUGAGCGAUGGGACCUCACAAGCAACGGAUUUGGAUUGUGCCACUUCAUAUUAGGUACGUCUAGUGAUUAAUGAGAAAGGUCUGGUCUGCGAGGAGAGGGAUGUGAGCUUGCCGCUGCAGGAGCACAAGGAGCCCUGGUUCAUGAGGCUGAACCUGGGUGAGGAGGUGCCCGUCUUCCUCCACGGCGACACCAUCAUCAGUGACUACAACCAGAUUAUAGAUUACCUGGAGAAAAGCUUUGUGGGAGACACGGUAGCUCAGCUGGUUCCUGAUGCAGAUUCGCCUCUCCACGACCGUGUUCAGCAGUACCGUCAGCUACUGGACGGGCUGCCCAUGGACGCUUACACACACGGCUGCAUCCUCCAUCCAGAGCUCACCACCGACUCUAUGAUCCCAAAGUACGCCACCGCAGAAAUACGUAGACACCUGGCGAAUGCUGCGACGGAGCUGAUGAAGUUGGACCACGAGGAGCCUCAGCUGACAGAACCGUACCUGUCCAAGCAGAAGAAGCUCAUGGCAAAAAUCUUGGACCACGAUAAUGUGAACUACCUGAAGAAAAUUCUGGGGGAGUUAGCCAUGGUUCUAGAUCAGGUGGAGGCCGAGCUGGAGAAAAGAAAACUAGAGUAUCAAGGUCAAAAAUGUGAGUUGUGGCUAUGUGGACCUGAAUUUACGCUAGCUGACGUCUGCCUCGGAGCCUUGUUGCACAGGCUCAAGUUCUUGGGACUUUCUAAGAAAUACUGGGAGGACGGCAGCCGGGCCAACCUGCAGUCCUUUUUUGUGCGUGUGCAAAAACGCUACGCUUUCCGUAAGGUCUUGGGCGACAUCCACACGACCCUCCUGUCGGCAGUCCUACCCAACGCCUUCCGGAUGGUAAAAAAGAAGCCACCGUCCUUCUUCGGCGCCUCUUUUCUCAUGGGCUCGCUGGGAGGGAUGGGCUACUUUGCCUACUGGUAUUUAAAAAAGAAAUACAUGUAGUGAAUGCCCUCUUGUUGUGUUAAAUGUCUGUGUAUUUGUGUGAUGUUUCAACUUUUCUGUAAUGUUUUAUGACUGCAGGAAAACAUAAUGAAUCUAUAUAGAGAACACUAUUACUUACCUGGGUGAACAAAGAAUAUUAAAACAUUCCAUAAUAAGAAAUUCUUGACAGCACAUUUUCUGGUGAUCAAGGCCUUCAUCGAGUUUAAUUACUGGCAACUUGCAGCCGGCAAGUCCUUGUUUAACUUUUGUUGGAGGCAUGCAUCAGGUCUUCAUAUACUGAAAAACUUAACAGAAGAAACCCAGACAAAAUGUUAAACACAGUAACACCAACAGGGGUUUACUGACCUUCGCAUGCCACUAUUAUACUCAUUACUCAUACCUGCUCUUCACUCCUCCAUCAGGCUGAGGUUUAAUCAGUAAAAACCGCAGGAAAAUGUUACAAAUAUUUUCUGAUAAGUGCUGUGCUGCCAGAAACUGCCAGAAGAUGAUGAAAAGGAUAGAGGCAACGUUCAAGGGAAUGCUUCCACAUUUUCGGAAAUCGUUUUUUUUACUUUCUCGUAGAGACUUAACCAUUUAGAUCGAUACCACUCUCACGUCUGUCUGUUAAAUAUAAAGCUACAGCCAGGCGACGGUUAGCUUAGCUUAGCUUAGAAUUAAGACUGGAAACGAAGGCAAACAGCGAGCCCUCUGACAAAUAUCAACCCAACAAUGUUUGAAAACCCAAAAGGUUGUUUAACAAGACUUGCUGCUAUUCUGGAAGUCUGUUUCAGAUCAUCUUUGUAUGCUUAAUAUGAAGUUUAGCAUGAAGAUAGCAUGGAAACAGAGGCAAAAAGAUCAACUCAGCAAUGUUUGAAAAACCCAGAAAGUUGUUUCAGAACAAAAUUUGGUCUUGUCAAAGUAUCAUGUCUGUAUGCUAAAUAUGAAGCUACAGCCAGGAGACAUUAACUUAGCUAAGCAUAAAGAGUGGAAACAGAGGGAAAAUGCUAGCUUUCUGGACAAAAAUCAACUCAGUACUAUGUACAUUAUUAUUAUUAUUAGAAUUUUAAAGAAAAAUAUAAAUAUCAGAAAUAUACAUAAAUAUGUAGAAUUAUAACUGAUAAUAUUUUUGUGUGUAUAUUGUACAUACUGAACAGGGAGAUACUGGCUACUGUCUUUGUUUGGAUUAGCAAAAUAAGGUGCAACUUGGCAAUUUAUCAAGUUAAUUUUUUUAUUGUGCAGCAAACUUUCUUCCAACCAUACGGUUAGAAGAGUUUUUGAUGUUUCAGGCAAUGUAUUGGUACAUUAAGUGUUGUUAAAGAUUACUUGAUAUACAGUGCUAUCAGGAAUUACAUUUUUUCCCACAUCAAAUCAAUCACUCAGUGCACCAUAAGGACUAAGUUAAAACAGGAUUUUAUACAUUUUUUUGCAAAUGUAUUAAAAAAAAAAAAACUGAAACAUAACAUUGACAUAAGUGCUCAGACUCAGUUUAGCUAAAUAUUUCAGUUUUAAAGGUUCCCCAGAGAUCGGUGACCUUCAUCAUUCUUACAUGGAGGACGUUUUGAACAACCAGGACACCUGAGCUACACUUCAAACAGUCUGACUGCUUAUGUCGACACAAUACUUCAGUUUUUUCGCUUUAUAAUAAAUCUAAAAGCCUUGUUUUCUGUGACAUUAUAGGGUAUUUUUCCCCUGUCAUCAUUGGAUAUUCAGUGUAGAUUGAUGUAGCAUAAAAUGUGAGAAAAUUAAGGGUUCUGUAUGCACUGUAUAUGUUUUAAGAAACAGCAGAUGCUUGCAAGAAAUUCAAAUAUUUGGAGGGCAACUUUUUACACUGCUGUCUAAAAAAAGGGGGGCAUUUAAUUCAAUUAAUAAUUAUUUUUUUAAAUUAAUUUAAGUAUGUAAAAAUAGUAAUUGGUUAAAUCAUUUAUUUUAUUAAUUUAACUACUCUAUACACUGUUACUAUUAUCACUGCAUUUAUAUGCAGCAUUGCUGUUUAAACUUUUGACAGUAGAAAACAAAUAACAAAUAAAUAUUGAAGGAAUGAUGAUUUGAAGUAAGAUUAGGAUACUGAACUAAAGUGGGGUUUUUAAAAAAAAUACUCGGGGCUAUUUUUGCCCCUCAAUCACAAUUUUUUGAGUAAUAUUUGCCCUUCGCCCCUGUUGAUUGUUCACACUAAAUGAUAUAACAUAACGGGCA